CAUUUUAAGAGGGUGUUUUUUUUACACUGCUGUGACUGCUAUGGUACAGAAGCGCUUCCGCAGCCCCCAGCGCGUCUCAAUCUACUGCGGGGGCUGCGGGGGCUAGCAGUAACCACUGAAGUCCGCACCCACCCUUCUCAACUUUACUGGGGCAGCGGCCAGGAGAUACCUGGCAACACGCAGGAAACCCCUGACAACGCACAGGAGACCCCCUAGCAACAUGCAUGAAACCCCUGGCAACGCACAGGAGACCCCUAGCAACAUGCAUGAAACCCCUGGCAACGCACAGGAGAACCCUAGAAACGCGCAUGAAACCCCUGGCAACGCACAGGAGACCCCUAGCAACAUGCAUGAAACCCCUGGCAACGCACAGGAGACCCCUAGCAACAUGCAUGAAACCCCUGGCAACGCACAGGAGACCCCUAGCAACGCGCAUGAAACCCCUGGCAACGCACAGGAGACCCCAGGCAAUGGAGACUCCGGGGGACCUCUGGUGUGUAAGGUGCAGGGAGCCUGGUACCAAGUUGGCAUUGUAAGCUGGGGUGUCGGUUGUGCGCUUAUAAACCGCCCCGGUGUGAACACCCUCGUGUCCGCCUAUCAGUCAUGGAUCCAGGGCUAUGUGUCAGACCUGAUGUUUACCCAUCUAGCAAAUAUCCCCAAGCCAGCAAUGGAUUGUGACCAGGCCAGCGGGAUCGUCACAGGUACUACUCCCAUAGCCAUAACUGCCACAGCCACGCUGACAGCCCCGGUGUGCGGCUCCCCAUUCUUCCCUAGCCGGAUAGUUGGGGGCACAGAUGCUGUAGACGGAGAGUGGCCCUGGCAGGUCAGCCUGCAGUAUCGGGGGUCACAUAUAUGUGGAGGGUCCCUGAUCUCUGAGCAGUGGGUGCUGACGGCUGCACACUGCUUCAUAUACUCUACCUCUCCCUACUAUUAUACUGUUCUCCUGGGGAAAUACCGGCUGUCUAUGAGGGACACUCAUACAACCGUUGCUGGUGUGGAGAGAAUUAUUAUGCACCCCCUGUAUACAGGUACAGGGAGCAGAGGGGACAUCGCGCUGGUGAAGCUGGACAGUCCCGUCACCUACACCAACUACAUUAUGCCAAUCUGUCUGCCCUCCGCCACAGUCACCUUCCCUUGUGGCAUGGAAUGCUGGCUGACCGGAUGGGGCAACAUCUACCCUAAUGUGUACCUCCCAUUCCCCGAGACCCUCCAGAAGGUGAUGACUCCCCUCAUAGACCAGGCCAGAUGUGACCAUCUAUACCAUCUAGGCACCUCCACCAGCAGUAGUACCACCAUUAUCCUGGAUGACAUGAUAUGUUCUGGCUACAAAGAUGGAGGAAAGGACUCCUGCCAGGGAGACUCCGGGGGACCUCUGGUGUGUAAAGUGCAGGGAGCCUGGUACCAAGUUGGCAUUGUAAGCUGGGGUGUCGGUUGUGCGGUUGUAAAUCGCCCCGGUGUGAACACCCUCGUGUCCGCCUAUCAGUCAUGGAUCCAGGGCUAUGUGUCAGACUUGAUGUUUACCCAUCUAGCAAAUAUCCCCAAGCCAGCAAUGGAUUGUGACCAGGCCAGCGGGAUCGUCACAGCCACAACACCUCCAUUACCAGCGCCAGUGUGCGGCUCCCCAGUCAUCUCCGGCCGGAUAUUUGGGGGCACAGAUGCUGUGAAUGGGGAGUGGCCCUGGCAGAUCAUCCUGCUGUACCAGGGGUCACUUAUGUGCGGGGGGUCCCUGAUUUCUGACCAGUGGGUGCUGACGGCUGCAAGCUGCUUUGGAAGAUCUUCCUCUCCAUAUUAUUAUACUGUUCUCCUGGGGAAAUACCGGCUGUCUGUGGCGGAUUCUCAUACAACCGUUGCUGGUGUGGAGAGAAUUAUUACGCACCCCCUGUAUACAGGUACAGGGAGCAGAGGGGACAUCGCGCUGGUGAAGCUGGACAGUCCCGUCACCUACACCAACUACAUUAUGCCAAUCUGUCUGCCCUCCGCCACAGUCACCUUCCCCUGUGGCAUGGAAUGCUGGCUGACCGGAUGGGGGAUAAUUUCAUUCACGAACAACACCCAGACCCUCCAGAAAGUCAUGACCCCACUCAUCGAUUCCGCUACAUGUGACAGGAUGUACCACGUAAACUCUACAGUGAGUGCCAACACCAACAUCAUCCACGAGGACCAGAUCUGCUCCGGUUACAGAGAUGGUAAAAAGGACUCCUGCCAGGGAGACGGCGGGGGUCCAUUGGUCUGCAAAGUGCGCGGUGCAUGGUACCAGGUGGGCAUUGUGAGCUGGGGGGAAAGCUGCGCUCUCCCAUACCGCCCUGGUGUGUACACACUUACUACAGCCUACCAGACCUGGGUACGAGCCUAUAUACCUGAGCUGAUGUUCACUACUCUGACAGAUAUUCCUCAGCCAACCAGAGAGUGUGGUAGCGGCAAUGCCGGUGUCAGACUACCGUGCCAGGCUUUGGGUAUUCUGAUCCUUGUCACCAUCAUCCUAACUCUGUUCUAGCCGCAAACGUCACAACAGACAGUAUGUCACAUUGUGUAACACAAAUCUCAUGUCAAUUUGUCUUUUGUGUGUGCAAAUUUGAAGCAUCUUUCAUUAUUCCAUUGACGUAAUCAAUAAAGAUAUUAAAAUACGCUGAUAUGGAAGUAA